AUGACAAAUGAAGUUGAAGGUUGUGCCGAUCUUUUUAUCCCUUACUGUGAUGCUAAGGAAAAACCAUUUGAGGGGCAGAUUUUCUGUAAUCUUCAAGAAGCUGAGAAGUUUUAUGAGGAUUACGCAAAAGUAUGUGGUUUUAUUCCUCGCAAGGCUACCAUCAACAGAGAUGACGAUGGAGUUGGAACCUUUAGUGAGGGUCAUAACCAUAAGAUGGUUACUGAAAGCAGUCGUCAUUUUAUGUCGAGCAAUAGGCAAGUCGACGAAGUACACCAGUUUUUUAUUCACGCGGGUAUUAAAGCCAACAUUGGUCCAACUAAAACAUUUCGCAUUUUUAAAGAGAUUGUUGGUGGUUAUGAUAAGGUUGGUUGCACUAGUAUUGAUUUCAAGAACUAUGGUCGAGACUUGAAGGUCUAUGUCGCUGGUUUGGAUGCCCAUAUGUUGCUUGAAACAUUUAAGGAUAGGAAGGAGCUUUGUGAUGGUUUUCAAUAUUUUUACGACGUUGAUGAGGAAAAACAGCUGCGCCGCCUUAUCUGGACAGAUAAACAAGCUGUGAUCAACUUUAAAAAUUUUGGACAGGCUGUGUCUUUUGAUGCAACAUACAACACCAACAGGUACAAAAUGAUUUUUACUCCGUUUACUGGUAGGGACAACCACGGUAAAUGUGUGUCGUUUGGUGCGGCAAUCAUAUCACAUGAAGACAUGGAUUCAUAUGCAUGGGUUUUGAGCAAGUUUACGGAGUGUGUUGGGAAUGCGCCUCGUGUGUUUAUGACUGACCAAGAUCCUGGAUUGAAGAAGGCCGUUGCUCUUGUCUGGCCCGAAACACAUCAUAGUUGGUUCUCUUCAAUGUAUAAGGAUCGUGCUUUAUGGAUUCCUGCAUAUUUUUGUGACAUCAGUAUGAGUGGGCUGUUUCGCACCACUUCCUUGUCUGAGAGUGAGAAUAGUUAUUUCAAACGCUUUCUUAGCAAGUUUUCUGAUCUGGUUGUGCUGUUUAUGAAUUAUAACAGCGCCUUAGAUUCCCAACGAGAUACAUGUCAGCGGCUAAAUUAUGAGGAUGAGACUGGUGUUCUCCACAUCCUUACAACGAUGGCAAUUGAGAAACAUGCCUCUACAUUAUACACCAUCUCAAUUUUCAAGGAGGUACAAGAGGAGAUUGUAUCUGCUUUUUCAGCAUGCAUGAUGGCAAAGAUGGAGGGUAACACAUUCGUAGUUGAUGACAAUGUUGAUGGCGAACAGUGGCGGAUCCAGGAUUUUUAA